AUGGCGGACAAAGUGGCAAGGGCACAAGGCCUUCAGAGAACACUCCAGGAGCCCACCUUCUUGUCCAAUAGGGAACAACUGGAGAAUGAAAAACGACGUAGCAGAGUACAGACCUACGUGGACAACCAAAUCCAUUUCCUGUACCAGGGGAAGUGCGAGUGCCGUUUCCUCAACGGGACGUGGCAGGUGCGAUACCUGCAGCGCUACAUCUACGACCGGCAGGAGUAUCUCCGCUUCGACAGCGACCGCGGGGAGUUCGAGGCCGUCACGGCGUUGGGGAAGGUGACUGCCCAGGCUUGGAACAGGGAUAAGCACAAGCUACAGUACCGGAAGGCCAAAGUGAAUCGCUUCUGCCAAAACAACUACGAGGCUUUCCAGGGCAGCCCCGUGAUUGGCCGGAGAGCUAAGCCCACCAUCUCCAUCUCCUCCACCAAGCUGGAUCCUGCUUCCCCCCACACCAUCCUCCUCUGCACCGCCAGGGGCUUCUACCCCGUGGAGAUCGAGGUCCGGUGGCUGAAGAACGGGCGGCCGGAGGAGGAGGGCGUGGCCUUCGGGGAGGAGCUCCAGAACGGAGACUGGACCUACCAGCUCCAGGUGAUGCUGGAGACCCAGCCCCAGUGGGGGGACGUCUACGCCUGCCAGUUGGAGCAUGCCAGCCUGGAGGCCCCCAUCACCGUCCAAUGGGAGCCCCGAUCCUCCAAUUCUGCCAGGAGCAAACUCUGGACGGGGAUUGUGGCAGCCGUGAUCGGGGUGAUCUUCUUUGCCAUGGGGCUCUCCCUCUACCUGAAGAGCAAGAAAGGUGAG